CGGGGGGUCCUGGGCGCCGGCCUGGGGCGCGAGGCGGGCGGACGAGCCCCAGACCCGCCGGCUCAGCGCGGCCGCCCCGCCGAGGCCUGAGCUGAAUCAGGAAGAAGCCCAGCGCUCCGGGCUUUGCCCCCCGGCUGCCGGGGGCGCGGGUUGGGGCCAUGCACCAGGUGUGAAAGAGUCCACGGCUCUGGGGACACGAGGGAACUUCAUUGGAGCUGCGGCGGUGGAGCCCAGCGGAGAGGCAGGAGCGUGGGGCAGAUUCCGGACCACAGCCGGGCUCCUGUUCGGAGCGACCAGAAAUUCGGGGCAUAGUGGCCGUCAGCAGGCUCUGAGCAGGAGAGGGACAACGACCAGAGUAAAUGGCCUGUGUAUUGUUCUGCCGACACUCUGACUUACACUCUGUGCCAGACGCUGUUCUCCGUGCUUUGGGCCGUUAACGCAUUUUCUCAGAACAUCCCUGCGAGUAGGACUUGUAGUUCUCCUCCUACACACAGGGAAAUGGGGACUCCAGAGAUACCUUGUAACUUGCUUGAGGUCACAACCAGCAGUGUGGGGCUGGGAUUUGUGCUGGUGGGUGGUCUCGUGCUUCUGGUCACUGGACUACACUGUCUCUGUGGCCUUUCUGGUCUCUAGAACGGUUACCCUGGUGGGUCCUGGAGCGGGGGUGGCUGCAGGUGGGCAGGUCUCAGGACACUCUCAGUGGCCCGGGCGAGGCAGAUGGAGAUGGAGCAGAGUGGACAGCAUGGGCGGCCAGGGGAGAGAGAAGAGGAGUCUCCGCCUCGUGCAGGGAUGUCUGGGCUGGGCCUUGGGAGCACGAGGGAGGGUCGUUCCUAAUUCUUACCACUGCACGAGCCUCACCGCCACCCUGUCAGGAAUAAUGCUGUUUCUCUGCUCAGGUGCAAAGAAGUGGCUGGAGUGGAGGAAAGAGAUUGAGCUGCUGUCAGAUGUCGCCUACUUUGGUCUCACCACACUUGCAGGGCAGCUUGGCACCCAGUGUGCGCAGCCCAUGGGGGGCACGGCGCUGGCUGCACCAGCACGUCACCGCCCUGACGGAGCAGCAGCAGCGAGCGCUCCUGCGGGCUGCGUCCCUACUCAGGCAGGGCCUUGGGUGCCUCCAGCGGCUCCACGUCGCCUGGUUCUACAUCCAUGGUGCCUUCUACCACAUGGCCAAGAGAUUCACAGGCAUCACCUACCUCCGCGUCCGCCGCCUGCCUGCAGAGGACCCGAGGGCUCGCGCCAGCUACAGGCUGCUGGGGCUCGUAUCCCUGCUACACCUGGCGCUGUCCGUGGGCCUGCAGCUCUACGGCUUCCGGCAGAGGCAGCGCGCCCGGCGGGAGUGGAAGCCACACUGCAGCCUGUCUCAGCGCAGGAGCCACGUAGAAGUGAGAGUGGUUUCCAGAAACUCCCUGUGCACCCUGUGCUUGGAGGAGCGCAGGCACUCAACAGCCACCCCCUGUGGCCACCUGUUCUGCUGGGAAUGCAUCAUGCAGUGGUGCGACACCAAGACGGAGUGUCCCCUCUGCAGGGAGAGGUUCCUUCCGCAGAAGCUCGUCUACCUGCGGCACUACCGCUGACCCGACGGAGGGUGGAGGAGCCCAGGAGGCUUUCCGACGGCAGGGGAAGAACUUAUUCUCAAGGUCAACUUCACUUGCACAGAAACCAUGACAUCCCCGUUUGUUACUCUGUCACGAAAGACGCUGUGGCAGCAGCUCAGGAGAGCACUGGACCUGGCCGUGCACGGUUGAGCCUUCAGCGCUGUCAGCCCUCCCCGCACCCCACAGCACUCCUCCAGAACUUCCCUCCCCCCGACCGCCCACUGACACGGGAAGGUCCAACACCAGCCACAUGGUGAGGCAUGGCCGCGCGGCCAGCGCCGACCAGGAGCAGAGAACCAGUAGUCUGCUUGCCGGGCUGUGCUCAGGCCUGCAGCCCAGAUGGCCCACAAGCCUCAUCCCUGUCACGGAGCCAGUGGGGCGGCCCAGACACGGCCAUUCUCGGGGCAGAAAGCAAGAAGCCGUCGCCGCCACCUGACAUGUCUGGCACGCACCUUCUAGCGCGUCAAGUUGGCUUCACAUUUUAGAAGAUGGAAGCGUGCAUCCUGGCCUCCCAGCACGACCACCUCCUGCUUGGAGCGCCUGGUGGGCCCAGCCAGCCCGAGUGGAGGCUGCCCAUCGCAGCAGGGUGCAGGCCGGCUGCCUACACACAUCCCCACUGUGUCCAGCCCACUUUUUGCCACCUUUUUAUUUUCAGGUUAUAAAACCUACGUAACUCGUGCCCAAGGCUGGACUUUGCCAUAGGCAUCCUCAAAACACUGGUUCCAGACGCGCUGGUGUGUUAGGAACGCCGUGAGGAUGAGCUGACUUGGUGGAGGCUGGCGGGGAGGCCCCGCCAGGCCCAGGGGGCGGGGCAGCAAAGCUUCCAGCCGAGGACCCUGCGGCUGCUUCUCUGUGACUUCACGGACUCUGCGGCACGGGAACAUUGCGCGGCAGGCCUCAGCUAACAGAGGUCAGCGCCCAGAGGCCAGGCUGUGACCAGAGCAGCAGCCCUGCUCUGGCUCCAGUGGGGGGAGCCUAGCCGGGGUUGGGGUCCAUAGUUCCCGAAACUCCUUCCUUACACUCUCACCAAGUGCUCAUCGUAGGUCUGAGUAUUUACUAGGAAAACAGUAUUAAAAAACGGGGGGAAGGAAGUCUAGUUUGAACACCAAGUGCUGCAGUGUGGUGACGAGCACUGGUUUGCAUCCAUUCACACACGAAGGUUAAAAUUCAGGGUCGGGCACGAAAGGCCUUAACGUGGCCUCUGAAAAGCAAGGAGUCCAACCACAGGUAUUGGAACCUGGAGGAAAAAACACGGGCAGUGGACAACAUUUGGUGCGUGAACAGGACAGCGGAACCGCCCAGAGACCCGAGACCCAGCAGGAAACGCACCGGUGUGCCAGUCGGCACUGGGCCGGGGGGCGGGCCCCAGCUGGCCAUCUGUCCUGCUGCCCGCAGCAGGGACGGCUUGCCUUUGGGGUGGCUGUGCCUCUCCCGCCAGGGCUGCCCAGGCGCAGGGAGCUGGAGUGUUUAUUCAAGAGUACAAGAGAGCGGGGACACUGUCUUUAAUAAAAGUUGGCACUUAAAAGUCA